GCGUGCGACAGAGGGAAAGUUCUUUGGUGUUGCUUUAACCAAGGUGUAGCAGUUAAUGUCAGAAAUGUACUUGCAAGUAGAUACUUGACAGCAUGGUGCGCAGAGUAGCCGUGAUCGGGGCAGGUCCCUCUGGGCUGGCCUGCAUCAAGAGCUGCCUGGAUGAAGGUCUGGAGCCCACCUGCUUCGAGAGCAGUGAUGACAUGGGGGGACUGUGGAAGUUCAAGGAAGUGUCUGAGCCUAACAGAGCGAGCAUCUACCGCUCCCUGACCAUUAAUAUCUCCAAGGAGAUGAUGUGCUACAGCGACUUCCCCAUCCCCGCUGACUACCCCAACUACAUGCACCAUUCCAAAAUCCUGAAAUACUUCCGCCUCUAUGCCGAGCACUUCAAGCUCCUCCAGCGCAUUCGCUUCCAGACCUCAGUAAAGAGUGUGAGACAGAGCCCUGACUUCUCACUUUCAGGUCAGUGGGAGUUGGUGACUGAGAACAGGGACGGUGAGGAGGAGAGACACGUCUUUGAUGCGGUGAUGGUCUGCUCCGGCCACUACACCUACCCCCACAUCCCCCUACAUGACUUCCCAGGUAUAGAGUCCUUUGAAGGGAAGUACUUCCAUAGCUGGGACUACAAAGGUCCAGAGGACCUUGCAGGGAAGAGGAUUGUGGUGAUCGGGAUUGGGAAUUCUGGGGGAGACAUCGCAGUGGAAUCUAGCCGAGUGGCUGAAGAGGUGUAUAUCAGCACCCGUCGUGGGGCCUGGGUGAUCCGUCAGGUGUCCGACAACGGACUGCCUGUGGACAUGAAAUACAACACACGUUUCGUCCACAUCCUCUUCCAGAUCAUGCCCAUGAGGUUCCUGAACUGGUUCGGCGAGAAGAAGCUGAACUUCAUGUAUGACCACACCAUGUAUGCUCUGAAGCCAAAACACAGACUGUUCAGCCAGAUCCCUGUUAUCAAUGACGACCUGCCCUUAAGGAUACUGGCCGGGUCCGUGGUGGUCAAACCCAAUGUGAGGGAGGUCCGUGGUUCCACACUGGUGUUUGAGGAUGACACUGAGGUCGAGAAGGUGGAUGUGAUCGUGUUUGCCACAGGCUACAGCUACGACUUCCCCUUCCUGCCGGCAUCAAUCAAGAAGAAGUCCGGCCACAGGAUAGGCCUGUACAAGCACGUGUUCCCUCCCAGCCUGGAGCACCCAACCCUGGCCGUGGUUGGCUUCAUCCAUGCCCUGGGAGCCAUCAUGGCCCAGGCUGAGAUGCAGUCUCGCUGGGUCACACGGGUCUUUAAAGGGCUAAAGAAGCUUCCCAGUCCUGAGGUGAUGAUAAAAGCUGUUGAAAAUGACACCAAGGACAUAGACAAAAACUACAUCUGCUCCAAGCAGUCCCCACUUCAGGUAGACUUUGUGUCCUACAUGGAUGACAUUGCUGGAGAGAUCGGCGUGAGACCUAGUCUGCUCUGGCUCUUCUUCAGCGACUACCCGCUGUUCAAGAAGGUCCUGUGGGGUCCAGUCAGCUCAUACCAGUACCGCAUCAUGGGCCCAGGGAAGUGGUCCGGGGCCCGCCAGGCCAUCUUCACCCAGUUCGACCGCAUGUUCCAGCCACUGAAGACCCGGCCGGUGGAUGACUCCAACAAGACGUCCCUGGCUGCCCGUGUGUUCAAACUUAGCCUGGUCAGCGUGGCUGGAGCCUCAGCAGCUUACUACCUUCACAAGCACCCUCCUGCAAUGUUCAACAACCUCAUCUCAAUGGUCACUCCUCAGAAGAUCUGAGCCUACAGCCAUGAAUGAAACAAAAAUGAACAACACAACACUGCUAGCCUAAAACAAUAACCAAUUUAGUUUGAGGCAUAAUAUUGCCUUGCAGAUUUCCAUUACUUACGUAAGAGGCCUCUGAUGCAAUGUGAAAUGUAUGCAUUUGGAAGAAUAAAGUAAUUGUUUAGGUA